CUCUCCCCAUCUUUGCGAUUGAGAGCAUGGAACUCGUCCUGGUCACGGGCGCAUCUGGCUUUGUGGGGUCUCAUGUCGUAGAGCAGCUGCUUCAAGCCAACUACCGUGUCAGAGGGACUGCGCGUAGUGAAAAGGCGGAGCAUGUCCGCCAGGCGUAUGCUUCCUCCGAACACGCGGAUAAUCUAGAAGUCGUCGUCGUGGAAGACCUGACGACGUCCGACCUCACGAGCGCGUUUCAAGGUGUCGAUGCGCUCAUCCACGUCGGUACACCUUUGGGUGGCGCCGGUAGUGCCGAGGUCGUCCUACAGAGCACGAUCUCCGGCACGCGCCGCGUCCUCCAGCACGCCUCAGAUUCGGGCACCAAGAAAAUCGUCCUCACGGGCAGCGUGAUCAACCUGCUAGACACACGCACAAAAUGGACAAGACAGACGCUCACCGAACACGAUUGGAGCCCCCUGACGUACGAGCACGCCACGCAGCCGGGCGUCGACUCGCGCGAGGUCUACGCGGUCGCGAAAAAGCUCGCAGAGCAGGAGUUCUGGGUGUUCGCGGAUGCAAACCCCGCGAUCGACGCCACAUCCAUCCUCCCGCCCUGGCUGUACGGCCCGUACGGGCGCGGGCAGUGGGUCCGCUCGCUUAAAUCCGGAACCAACCAGCUCGUGUACGCGCUGAUCGCGGGCCCGCCCGGCAGACCCAUGCACGCGCAGAACGUCAACCCGGGCUUCGCACACGUCGCGGACGCCGCGCGCGCGCACGUCCUCGCGCUCUCCGCGCCGCCUGCACGCCCGGGAGAGAAGAGGAAGCGCGUGGUCGUGAUGGGCGGGUACGGGCUCUGGCGCGAAGCCGUCGCGCACCUGCGUGCGGCGCGGCCUGAGCUGGGGGCGCGGCUGCCGGUGCUGACAGGGGAAGAGAGCGAGCAAGACCCAGAGGAGUAUGCGAUGUUUGACGGGGGCAGCGCGCGGAGGGUGCUGGGGAUGGACACGUUCAAGACGUGGGAGGAGACGAUUGUGGAAACCGUGGACGAUAUGGUGAGAAUGGAGAAGGUGCUAGAUGUGUACACUCCGUUGUAGGCUACGAUGCUCAAUUCACACAUGUAAACUGU